AUGGUUAUUGCUCUGAAAACCUCAUCAUUUAUCGCACUCGACACCGAGCUUAGCGGUCUUGGGAACAGGAAGUCCUUACUAUCCGAAUCCAUAGAAGACAGAUAUAAAGCCAUAUGUCAUGCUGCUCGAUCCCGCUCCAUCAUUUCACUUGGAUUUGCAUGCUACAAAAAACUAGACAAUAAGCCUGCAGACUCGUACAUGGUUCAGGUUUAUAACCUGACUCUGCUCUGCUCAGAAGAGUAUAUAAUUGAGCCUCAGUCUGUGCAUUUUCUUGUGCAGCACGGGUUUGACUUCAACAAACAGUAUGCUCAUGGGAUCCCUUAUAUCAAGGGCAAUAAUAAGUCUGAAGCUGAUUACCAUGGGGUACACAUCAGAGCGCUAUUCACUGAACUGUUGCGUGCACGGAGACCACUGGUGGUGCACAAUGGCCUCAUUGACAUGGUCUUUUUAUACCAGAGUUUUUAUGCUCAUCUGCCUGACCAACUGGCGACAUUCACAGCUGAUCUGUCAGAGAUGUUUCCUGCUGGAAUAUAUGAUACCAAAUAUCUAACUGAGUUUGAACUCAGACUAACCGCCUCCUAUCUGGAGUAUGCCUAUAAAAAAUGUAAACUGGAUAACUCUCGUGGUUUGAUGUCUGGGGCCUCUGGUCCUCAUGUCCAUGUGGAGUUCUGCCAAUAUGAGGGCCCAAUGUCAAGUUAUGUGGACUUUAGAGAGUGCCUGGAUGUGAAUUCAUCAGAGGGACAGACUGAAAUAUGUGCACAGUUCUCUGCUUUUGGAUGUGAAAUAGACUACAACAUCGUGUUUCCAGAUGCAGGGACGUCUGAAAGGCACUGGCAGGGGACCAAGGAGCCAGUGGUGAUCCUGCUGGGCUGGGCUGGCUGCAAGGACAAGCACCUGUCCAAAUACAGCUCCAUGUACAAUGAGCAGGGAUGCGUGACAGUCCGCUACACGGCUCCUCUAAAGACCGUCUUCAUCUCUGAGUCUUUUGGCUACAAGGAGCUGAGCAGCAUCGCACUGAAGCUGCUGGAAAUCCUCUUCGAUUACGAGGUGGAGAACAGCCCGAUAUUCUUUCACGUUUUCAGUAACGGCGGUUUCAUGUUAUACCGAUACAUUGUUGAGUUCUUGCACACCGAUAAACAGUUCAGCUCCUUGAAUGUAAUCGGGGCCGUGGUGGACAGCGCCCCCGGAAGCGGCAACGUGCGCGGAGCCUUGCGCGCUCUCACCGCGACCCUCGGACCUCAAAUCAGCCCCCUGCUCAGGUACACCCUCUUAGCACUUUUUGCAGUGACUGUUUUUAUGUUAAGAAUCGUGUUGUACCCCAUGACCAAGUAUAUCCACAAGAACCACUACGACGCCGUGAAGGAAAACCCCCCUGCCUGGCCUCACUACUACUUGUACUCCAAAGGGGACCAAGUUAUCAGACACAAAGACAUUGAGGAUUUUGUGGAAGCCUUCAGGCAAAAAGGCGUUCCGACAGAGUAUUUUGAUUUUGGUUCCAGCUCGCACGUCAGCCAUUUCCGGGAUUUCCCUGAAGAGUAUUCAAGCAUGUGUCGUACCUUCUUAGUGACGUGCAUGAAGGAUUUGGAAGGGACUGAGUUGAAGAAGAGACAUCAUGUCCAAAGUCAGUGA